GUGUUUAGGUUUGUGGAGGGUCAGCGAUGGCGAUGUUUCGGAGUUUAGUCUCCGGGAACCCGACGAAACAGGCGGCGGCGGCGACAGCGGCGGCGGGAGAGAACUUGGCCGAUUCGUUCAGCUGCCCGAUCUGCCUGGAGGUGUACCACAAGCCGGUGUCCAUAGCCAGCUGCGGACACGCGUUUUGUGGAGAAUGCUUGCAACCUUGCCUCCAAGUGGUGUCGCCUCUGUGCCCACUUUGCCGAAUGCCCUUUGACCCCAAAAAGGUGGAAAAGGCCACCAAUGUGGAAAAGCAGCUUUCUUCGUAUAAAGCUCCAUGUCGAGGAUGUAAUAAAAAGGUAACCUUGAUGAAGAUGCGAACUCACAUUUCAUCCUGCAAUAAAGUACAGGAACAAAUGGACAACUGUCCCAAAUUUGUACCAGUUGUUCCUACCUCCCAACCCAUUCCCAGUAAUAUUCCAAACCGUUCAACGUUCACCUGUCCAUACUGUGGAGCAAGAAACCUUGAUCAACAGGAGCUAGUCAAACACUGCAUGGAUAAUCACCGUAAUGAUCCCAACAAAGUGGUAUGUCCAAUUUGUGUGGCAAUGCCGUGGGGGGAUCCGAGCUACAAGAGUGCCAAUUUCCUUCAACAUUUGUUUCACCGGCACAAGUUUUCCUAUGAUACAUUUGUGGAUUACAGCAUUGAUGAAGAAGCAGCAUUACAUGCAGCAAUAGCACUUUCACUCACGGAGAAAUGAAGUGGUCUGCUCACCAGACUCGGCAGUCCUCCUCUUGCACAGGUCACCUUCUCUCACAGAGCAUAGGUAGUACUCACUUCCCAGCAUUCUGUAGAUUUCUCACAGCUCAGUUUUCACAUUUCCUUGUUGGUCACAAUUUCAUUUUAAAUUGGCAAAGCACGUCUGUACUUAUUCUGUGGGUCUGCUUGUUUUCCUACACUUUUCUAUAUUACAGAAUUGCUGUAGCAUUAUUAUGUUCCUUUGUGUAAAAAGGUUUGUUUGAAUUUCGGUUUGUGUGUUUAAUUUUUUGUGAUAUUUUUGUGAGGUACCAAAAAUGACAAGUCUUUUUGUUUUUUGAGAAUGUUAGAGGAGAGAAUAGAAGGAACCUUUCAUCAAAGCUGUGUAUCAUUUAUUUAUUGCACAUCGGGGCUUGAAUUCGACAGCCAGCUUUGGCAAAGCUAUAUUCAAAAUAUUUCAUGAAACUGUUUAGUUAGUACUGAAGUGGGCGAUGCUUAUAUAUUUAACCAGUAAAAAGUACUGGUUUACCUUUUUUUGUAUUAUCCCAAUGAAAAUCUUAAUGCACAAGUGGGCAGGACAGACUGGUUAUUACAGUGUAAAAUAUAAGGCAUACACAUAUGUAUGUAUAAAACAGUGUAUGAAUUGAUGAAACCCUCACUUUUGUGAACAAAAUGGAUGAUCUCUUUAACCUAAGUUUUGUCCAAUACUUUGGCUUGUGCAAUGCUUCCCCAACAUUGUGGUUAAUCUUUUUACUCUGAAGAAAUGUUGCAGUUUGAUUAUUUUCAAUGAGAAUUGCUGCACACAACUGGUAGAAUCUUGGGAUAAAUGAAGGGAAAAGAAGAAAAAUAGCUGCUUAAAAUCCCAGAGAGGUUAAAAGUAAAUACCCGAGCCUUGAAAAGAUUUGUUUUAUAUUUUGUUUUAUUGUGUCUAGCAUUUACUAGAUGUGUGUCUUCCUGAACAAAUUCUUGUUAAUUUAUGUUGGGUGGUGAAAGCCUCGUAAUAGCAUUGGAAAAAAUGUGACCCUUUUUCAAGAGGGAUCACUGGAUGGCCUGUCAGAUAUUAUGAGGCAAGAUCCUCCUAAAUAGCAACCAAUCCAAAAAUCUCAUGUAGUUUAUAUAGUGAAUUAAUAUAUAUUCUCUAAGCACCAGACUGACCAUUUUAUUAGUACAGAGUAGAAACAAAUCUACAGCUUGCAACAAAAGAAUAGUGGAGCGGAGCCUCGGGUGCAGUUUGCCAUGUAUUCAGACUUGAUGACUGAACUUCACACCUGGAAUUCAGCUACAAGUAAGUGAAUGAAGGUGCCAGUAGACUCACCGUGGCAGCUGUUAUUAGUCAGUGAUUAAUUGUGAUCUUGUAACUUUCAGCCCAAUUUUCAAUGGAUGUGGUUUCACAACAAGUCUCACUUAACUUGGGAGCCUCAGCUCUGGUUAGGCCUAAAUUUUGGUGAGGAGAGAAUGGAAAUCCCAGCUGAUGCAAGCCAGGAGAAGCAUUUUGAUUAGUAAGACUAGUGUGAGUGAUGUAUGUACUUGGGCCUGGGAGUGCUUAAUAGGUAAUAAGAUGGAAAAAUACAACAAUUGAAUAGUUGGAAUAUUUAAACCAAUCGCUAGAACCAAAAAAAAUCAAUUUAUGUGGUUAGGUGUUUAAAAUCCAAACUUUCCAAUCAGAACUCUGGAUAUUUGUUCUUAAUGGCGGUAUAUCAAGAAAAAGUAACUUGUCUCGUACUGUCACUGAGACAAAAGGAAAUACUUCAAUGUUACACCCUCUUAUUAGCACAAAAGAGAUGAUGUUUCUGUUAAACACUUUAUUGAGGUGAUUUUUGGAAGAGCAAAAUGAUAUAACUGGAGAGAUUUGAUAAAUGACUGCACAGGAUCAGGGUUUGAAAUAAUUUGAACCACUAGUAAAAUUUGCUGGUGACUAGCAAUUUAUAUCCAAGGGAGCAAAUGUACUGGCGUACAAGAUGUUAUUUUUCCUCUAGAUCUCUCAUUUAAUUUAUUGCUUCACUUAACUAUUGUAUUGUAUUUUUUAUUUAAUUUUAUUUAUUUUUUUUGUAUGGUUACUUUCUGUGCUUGAUUCUCACUAGCAAAAAAAAAUGUAGAGUAAUAAAGGUUACCAGUAACUUUACUAGGUUUUUUUAGAACACUUGUGUAAUAUUGUUAUUGAUAGAGAUUGUGAUGUUGGUACGAAAAUGUUUCCACUAGUUAUGAAAUUAGACACAAAGGUUUCAGAAAUGUUUUUUUAAAAACAAUUAUAUUAGAUCAAAUGACAAUCUUUGGAAAAAAUUAAUGUCCUGAAAUGAACACAAAUAAUGAAUCUAGUUUAAAAUUGUAUUUAGAAUGUGAAUUCCUUAUUGAUUUCCUGUCUCCUCUUUUGUUUCUCACUCAGUACAUUCAUAUCCUCUUUCUAAUCUUACUACAGAACCCGCUCUCUUUAUGCGGAAAUUACUGGAGACAAUUUACCAUGGGUUGUUUUGAGUGUGUCUAAAUAGGUUAUGUUUUUAAAAUCUAGAUGUACCUGAUAAUUUAGACAGAUGUGUCAUUGGAUCAGUUUUAAAUUGCAGCAUUUUUAUUACAUAACUGAUCAUUAGGCAGAUCCAGCCAGAGAACCCAAGCUAAGGCCUCUGAAGAAAGAUUCAAAAAAGUUGUCCAAUCUUGAAAUUUUGCUAACCCAGAUAAUCCAGAUCUGUUUUUCAUGGUAACAUGCACAAAUGUAUUACACAAAUUAAACAUUAGUGGAAAUGUUUCAGGACUAAUUGCUGAGUAAUCUUAGAUUGAUGAGAGAUGAUCCUUUAAAGAAAACAUUCAAUAGAGCUUGCUGAUAGUGUAUAUCAUAAGCUAUGUAAAGUACAUUAUUGCACAAAAUUUCUUCAAUUUAUCUUUUAAAGUUCUCAUUUUUCAUGAUACUCACCUACUGCUUUAUUUCCUAUGCAAAGAUUUAUCUACUUUUACUAUUAAAUCAAUUGUAAUAUGAGAAUAAUCGUUCAUAAAUCUAAUUUUAAAUGAGCUUCUAUUGAUAUUUUAUUUUAAAUCUAUAAAACCUUUGUGUCUAAACUUGUAAGACAGGUUGUAAAAUGUAAGCAUGUAUAAUAUAGUUAUAAAAUUAUUGGGAAGAGCUGCGUGUUUCAUUAACCAACACUAAUCAACUUGCCUGAUACCUGUUUUCAUUGGGGCAAGACCACUGAGCCAGUGUUGGUGUGAUUUCUUCACUUAAUAAUUCCAGUUAAGCUACAAAUGUGUAUAAAUCUGCAACUAUCGAGGUGUGAGACACAAAUUCCAAGUCUCCUAACAAGCUGCAAAAAAAAAGACAUUAUUGAAAACUUCUGCUAUAAUAUCCUUGUCUAAUUUUCUAAUAUUUUUAAUGUAUUACAGUGCACAUUUUCAACUUAGUUUUUUAGAAACUGUUUGUUGCUGUGAAGUUAGUGUGAACAUUUGGAUAUUUUGUAAAUAAAAUUUUGCUUGUCAGCAACCAAA